AUGGCACGUACUAAAUUUGAUCAGUUACCAAAUGAACUAGUUCUUAACAUACUGGGUUAUUUAACUAGUCUUGAUGCAUGGUUUGCUUUCCACAAUUUAAAUACUCGUUUGAAUAAUUCUUUACAAACUAGUUCAAUGAAAAUAGAUCUUAGUCUUUGUCUUCGAUUUCAAUGUGAUUUCACUUAUCGAUAUAUUCUACCUAGACUUCAAAAUCCAUUUGCUAUUCGUUUUUGUCCAAGAAUCAUGGAUGAAUCUAUUUAUCAGUUCUUUAUUGAAUUAAAAUCAAACAAUGUCGAAUAUAAAUUGCAAGUUUUGACAUUAACUCAUAUAACCGAACAAUCUAUGAAUAUUAUUGCUCAACAUUUAAAUCGAUUAAUAAAUCUUCGUUCGUUAACUAUUAUGCACGAUCAUGAAGAAUCCUACGGGAAAUUUAUAAAUACAUUCAUGAACACGAAUAUGUCCCGUCUUGUGUAUCUCACUCUUGGUUAUACAGAACGUUCAUCAAGUUUAUAUCUUUACGAGGGCAAUUUAGAUAGACUUCGCUCAACUAUUCCAAAUAUUCAAAAUUUUGUACUCAAAGUUCCGAUUAAUUUUAAUACUUUUCAUCGGCUUUUGAAUGUAUUACCUCAGUUGGUUUCCAUCGAUGUUCACUUGACGGAACGAAGCAUAGAUGAGAUUAAGAAAAACUCAUAUAAUCGUGAUUUUGCACGUAAUUUACAAAAACUAGUUAUGACCAUAAAUGGCAUAAUUCGUUUUAAGAUUAUUGAACAACUUCUUCGUGCUCUUCCACAUUUACACACAUUCUGGUUAAGCACAUUCAUAUGUGACAAUAGCUACGGAAUAGAAUAUCAAGAUGGUAAAGUAUGGGAAGGGUUAAUUCGUAAAUAUUUACGAAACUUAAUUGACUUUCGCUUAAAUGUGGGCCUUGAAUCAACACAAUCUAUAUCGCCUGCAGAUAUAAUUCAACCAUUUCGUAGUUCUUUUUGGACUAAGGAAAAAAACUGGUGUUUUAUUGCUGAUCGACCUGAAAAUGAUGUUGAUACAAUUGAACUUUAUAGUUUACCUCCACCCGUUAACAGUAAAAUUAUCUUUCGUCCAAAUGUACAAUGGGUCUCAAAUUCAUCAAAUCCAAAUUUUCAAAGUGUAAGAAU